CUGUUUUUUGUAUUAUGAAUAUUAUGAUAGGACAAAUGAAAUCGGUUUUAUCUACAUAAGUAAAAUGCUUUAUUAACUUUUUUUCAUUUAUAUGAGCGGUAUCAGAACCUCCACUUCCGGGAUUGCGUGUCACAGCUGUCAUAAUGUCUAAAGUUACUUUCAAGAUAAUCCUGACAUCGGAUCCAAAACUUCCGUACAAAGUGUUAAGUGUACCUGAACAAACACCAUUCACAGCAGUGUUAAAGUUUGCAGCAGAGGAGUUUAAAGUGCCACCAGCAACAAGUGCCAUUAUCACAAAUGAUGGUAUAGGAAUAAACCCUGCUCAGAGUGCUGGAAAUAUAUUUUUAAAACAUGGAUCAGAGUUAAGAUUAAUACCUAGAGACAGAGUAGGACAUUGUAACCAUGGUAACAGAUGCUGAUAUUAAUCUUAGUUUAGGAAUUAUUUCAUCAAAUUCAUUCAUAAUUCUUGUGGAAAUUCAGGAGGAAAAUCGGCCAUUAACAGCUUUUCCAUUAUGAAAUGCUUUCCAAGGAUAGAUACAACUAAAGGAAGAUAACUCUGUUUGCAAGUCAAGGAUACAAUGUAUCUGUUAGUUAUCAUUAUAAAGAAUGAAUUCAUUAAGUUAUUGAAUUGACAUUUUGUAUGGCAUGUUUUUUCUGUAUCAUUUGUUUUGAUAACAUGCUUGUAUAUAUUAUUUAUGUCAACAUUUUUCAAUUAAAAUGAAUGGUUUGGUGUAUGUAUUAAUUCAUGAGACAAAAAUUACUACUCACACUUGAGACAAAGCCUAAAGUAAAGGAACAGUACUUAAAAUUGCUGUUCUCCAUCUAGUGUCAUACCAUACCAAAGCUGAAUACUUUUCACACCAGAAUUUACAUAAAUUCAAAAGUUCAACUCGCAGAUUUGGUAACCAAACAAUAAACAUAACUAUAAAUAAGUUUUUUUUUGUUUUUUUUUUUUAGAAAAUUAGCAAAAUUAUUAUUUUCAUAUUUGAACAACUGCUGUAGAAGACCAUUUAAUCAGAAAUAAUUAUAAUAUGAAAAGGUUUAAUGCAUGAAAGCAGAAAAGCAUUUAUAGUUCAAAUUUGAUCUGAUGUAUAUGUACACAAAAAUGUUACAUAAAAAUUAUCAAUAAAAGAACUCUUUACUAACAAAUUUUCAGAAUUUUGAAUUGACUAAAAUUUAAUGGAAUAUGGGUUAUUUCUCUUUAUAUGAAAAUGAAACUAGCUUCUUGCUAUAAAGUGUUGUUGACUAUCAGUUUUUAUUCUCUGGCUUAUUCACCAUUAUUCUGUUUGUAUCUGGAUUAUUAACAAUCUUCUUAUCCAAUUUGCCUGUUUCAUUGAAAUGUUUCCAUAUUAAAAAUGUAUAUUAAACAAUUUAUUAUUUACCACUCAGUGACUCACCAAACCUUUAUAUAGUACAUUUAGUUAACAAUUAAAAAUCUACUAUUUAAAUUGGAGAGGCAGUGAGGUCAAAACACAGUUUAAGAGUCAAAUUUAGAAUUUGUGACAUGACUUAAAAUAUGUUUUAUUUGCAAUAUAACUGGUCCUUUGUGUACACACAUUUUAUACAUAUAAAUUAUUUCAUUAUUUAAUAUGUUUAAUAUUUGAAAAUAAUAUUUUUUCACAGUUGUGUCAACUACAUGUAUAUGUUACUGUUGAUUAUUAUUCAAGUUACAAAUUGUAAAUAACAAAUCAGUCCUAUUUACUAAUAGAUUGAGAAAAAACUUCAUUGGAUGGAAAUAUAGUUUCUCUUUUUUAAGAGAUCUGUUUUAAAAAUUCGAUUUUUUUUCAAUUUUCAUACCUGUCGAGAUUUAUUGUAAAUCUACAGCAUGCAUUUUGCAUUAUUUUAAUAUUUUCAAAUAUUCAGUUGUGAUAUAUUGUACAUGUUGUACAUGUUAAUAAAUUCUUCAAUAGCAA